GCGUAAACAUACAGAAGGGAUCAUGAAAUACCAGAGCCCGUCUAUUCGACCAGUCGAAAUAAAGUUGUAUUGGGAAAUGGGAAAAUAACCACGUAGAUGUCGUAGAAGCUUAUGAAUGAGGCCUAGGUUGUGGUUUUAAAAGCAGUAUAUGUUGUUUACGUUCAUUCGACUUACAAAUAGAGUCAUUAUGGCAUCAGAAAAACCACUGGCAGCAUUUGUUCUUGGUGCCCCUGGAGCAGGAAAGGGAACACAGUGUGCUAAGAUAGUUGAGGAGUUUGGUUAUGUUCAUCUGUCAGCUGGCGAUUUACUGAGAGCAGAGAAAAACAAAGAAGGCUCUGAGUAUGGUGAGCUCAUCCAAAGCCACAUCAAGAAUGGCUCCAUUGUACCUGUCGCCAUCACUAUUAGCUUGCUCGAAAGGGCGAUGGAUGAAAGCUCAGUGAAGAAGUUCUUAAUUGACGGAUUUCCACGGAAUGAAGAUAACUUGGCAGGUUGGACUGAGAGAAUGACAGAUAAAGUUGAUCUGAAGUUUGUUUUAUUUUUUGAGUGCUCAGAAGAGGAAUGUGUGAAUAGGUGUUUAAAACGAGGGGAAGAAGCUGCAAAGGGAGGCGCUAAGAGAACUGAUGACAAUGAAGAAAGUUUGAAAAAAAGGUUUCACACACACAUGACAUCAACUAUGCCAAUUAUUGAACACUAUGAUAAGCUGAAUCUAGUGCAGAGAGUCCAGGCAAACAGAACACCUGAUGAAGUGUUUGCUGAUGUCAAGAAACUUUUUACUGAAUGUCAUAUUUAGGAUUGGAUUCCUAUUUUUUAAAUGUGGACUAGCUUUUAUUGAAAAGUAAAAAAAGUCAAUACAGCUUGAUUUUAUAUACAGUUUGAUGUAUUCUGUAUGAAACAAUGUCGAACUAUGUAUUAAAAAGUAAAGAUGGUAAAUUAUUUCAAUUUUAUGAAGUUUGUGAUAAAGAUAAAGAAUGUAACUGCAUGUAUAAAUAAGUAUUCAGUUGUGUAUAUGUUGUAACAGCUUAGAGCAUCUGAGAAUAUAAAUAUAGUAACUUCAUUCUGUGCACUGAGAAUCAAUAACAGCUUGUAAACAUCUGCUGAAAACUAACUGAUUAAUAUUUACUUUUACGAUGACAAUACUCUGUAUAUAUUCUGUGUGCAGUGCUGAUAGAAAAGAUACCAUUGAUGUUGUGUUUGAUAUUCUUAGAAAUUAUUCAUAUGAUGGAGCCAAGCCAAAAUUAGUUGUUUAUUUGAUUGAUCAAAAUUUUGGGAGAUGUAGAUAAUCAUCCUGCCAAGGGGAUUAAGGGUUUGUGCAAAUCUUCACUUUACAGCAAACAUCCCCACCCCUCUCACACCCUCUUCUCAUAGGCCUAAUGCUCAUUUAUCAGUGAGAGAUGAUCUUCAUUCUAAAAAUGUUACUCUGUACAGUAUUUUAUACAUUGCAUUUCUUCAUGCAUUGUCUUUUUGAGAUUUAUCCCCAGGACUGGACCAGGGUCUUUCUCCCAGACUAAGUUGUUCGGUGGGGCCCUGGAGACUUUUUGAUGGGCUCUUAGAACAAAAAACCUUCUUUCCAAUCCUUGCUAUACUAUACAGGCCUGAAAAUGGUAAAACUAUUAUUUGAGUCAGAAGUGAUGCAUUUUGUUAGAUAUUAAACAUAAAUCUACUACAAUUUGUUUACAAUAAUUAACAAUAAUGUUGAUUUACAUAGUAUGUUUGUAAAAUUUAUUAACAUUGUUAUUUUGUGUAUAAUUCAUUAAUGAUGAAUCUCUGAGGGUGGGGGGGGGCAGCAGAUAGCUUUUAUUAAGGCCAAAUCAGACAGCGGUGUACAACGCAGGGCGACGAGAUUCCUCGUCUGGUAGUUUUAAGCCGUUGUGAAAAAUAUUAAAUAUGUUUAAUAUUCUAAAACGUGAUUUCCCCCGACGCAAAACAUUGUCUGCAUUUGCACACGAUGGUUUGCGUCCGGCUGCGUCAUACGACUCUGCCUGAGCUGGCCUUAACUUUGCACGUCAAUCAGUUGGACAUCAAUAGUUGUUUGUGAUGUCUGUCUGCUAUUUCAACUCCAUAUUUUAAUCUCCUUUGAUUAUGUGGUAUAUUUUCAAUGUAAGCAUGCACAAUUAACUUUAUUCUAACUUAUAUUCCAACUAUCUGUUGAUAACUUUUCUCCUUCUAAAAUUGUUUUUUGACACUAUUCAGUUAUUACUGCACUUAGGAUCUUGAUUAAAGACAUCAAAGAUGUUACCAUGAAGGCAGAGCCUAUGAUUGUAUUUAAAGAUAUAAUCUACUAUUUAUUUCUUAUGUACUAUCCAUACAGUAUAGCCACACUGCAUCUUGGCCUUUCUCUUUCAUUUCUUUAAGUUCAUCUGCUUAUUUUCAUGCACAAUUUUACUCAUAUUGGUGAGAAACAAUAAUGGUUAUGUGAUUCUUAUAAAAAAUGAAUGUAUGUCACCCUAUAUUGCUUACACUAACCACCUUUACAAGUACAUACUAACUUUGGAUUUUAGGAUUAACAAUCUUAAGAUCAUUAUAUCAGACAAUUUAAGGGUCCCUAAUAGGGGAAUUAUUAGAACGGUAUUAAAUGUAUCAAGUACUGAAAGCUUUAUUAGUACAUCAUCCUCAUCAUGAAAUACGUAAUUUAAGGAAUUUAUCUUGAAGGCCAAAAGAAUUUGUUUUGUAUGUUUUAAUUUUCAUGUGAUUGACAAAUUAGAUACAAUUUAUACAUUUAAUGUUAUUGUUUAUUGGCUCAAUAAAGACAGUGUGGUAUAUUUUUAAAAAAAUGUUAUGUUGUUACAAUGUGUUAAAUGUAUUUUUUUUUGUAUAU